AUGUCUGCAGCUGCCGCCGCCGCCGCCCUGCCUCGCCUGCCCGUCUUCGAAGCCGUGGCCCGGCACGACGCCGCCUCCCUCGCCGUGGUCCACUCGCUGUCUGGCCGCCGCUUCGCCUACGGCCAGCUGCUGGGCGAUGUGCGCCGAGCCCGGGGCCGGCUGCUCGAGGCGCGUGGGAGGGGCCACGGCGAGGAUCUCGACGGCGAGAGGGUCGCCUUUCUGGUAGAGAAUAGCUACGACUACGUAGUCACCUUCCUGGCAAUCCUCGCCGCCCGCGCCAUAGCCGUGCCGCUCUCCCCAGCCUUCCCCGUCCCCGAGCUGGAGUAUGUCGUCAACCACAGCGAGGCCUCGCUCCUCGUCUCGUCGCCCAAGUUCGCCUCCAAGGCCCAGCAGCUCCUGGCCGCGGACCUGACGUCCAAGCCAACCUACGUGGAGAUGCCCAAGCACGUCGAAAGCGCAGUCGCAGACGGCGAGCAUGUCCCCCUGGAAGACGACCUCAACCCGGGCCAGGCAGGCCUCAUGCUCUACACCUCGGGCACGACCAACAAGCCGAAAGGCGUCCUGCUCCCCCAGUCCGUCCUAACCGCCCAGGCCCGCUCCCUCCAUGAAGCAUGGGAAUACUCUCCCGCAGACCACCUCCUGCACCUCCUCCCCCUGCACCACAUCCACGGCGUCGUCAACGCCAUCCUCACCCCCCUCAUCGCCGGCUCCUCCAUCGAAUUCAUGUUCCCCUUCAACGCGGACGCAGUCUGGCACCGCCUCGCAGCACCCUUCCUCCCCCCAUCCUCAUCCUCGCCCACCACCAACGGCAACAACAACACAUCAUCAUCAUCAUCAUCAUCAUCAUCCCCUCAAACCACCACAAAAGAGAAAGUCACCUUCUUCACCGCCGUCCCAACAAUCUACAGCCGCCUCCUCUCCUCCCACAAAUCCCUGCCCCCCGCCGUCCAAGCCGCCUCCAGGGAAGCCGUCUCCCCCCAGAACCUCCGCCUCAACAUCUCCGGCUCCGCCGCCCUCCCCACCCCCGUGAAAUCCGCCUGGGCCGCCCUCAGCAACGGCAACGUCCUCCUCGAGCGCUACGGCAUGACCGAGGUCGGCAUGGCCCUCUCCUGCGGCCUCUCCUUCGCCGACCGCGUCGACGCCUCCGUCGGCUGGCCCCUGCCCUCCGUCCAGGCCCGCCUCGCCGACGUCGACUCCGGCGCCGUCAUCCCCCCCGGCCACGACGUCGACCCGGCCACCGGCCGCGAGCGCUCCGGCGAGAUCCAGCUCCGCGGCCCCACCAUCUUCAGGGAGUACUGGCGCAACCCCGAAGCCACGGCCAAGGAGUUCGCCGCCCCGGACCCCGGCGACGACGACCCCCGCCCCUGGUUCAAGACGGGCGACGUCGCCGUCCGCCGCCCCGUCCCCACCGCGGGCCUCAACGCCCUCCGCCAGCCCUGGGCCCACGGCCCGCUCUACUUCAUCCAGGGCCGCAAGUCCGCCGACAUCAUCAAGACGGGCGGCGAAAAGGUCAGCGCCCUCGAGGUCGAGCGCGAGCUCCUCUCCCUCCCGCAGGUCGCCGAGGCCGCCGUCGUCGCCGUCCCCAGCGGCUCCUGGGGCCACAAGGUCGGCGCCGUCGUCGUCCUCGACCCGGCCUCCGUCCCCCAGGGGCAAAAGUGGUCCGCCCUCGACAUGCGCCGCGCCCUCAAGCCCAGGCUCGCCAACUACAAGAUCCCGCAGGUCCUCAAGGUCGUCGACUCCAUCCCGCGCAACGCCAUGGGCAAGAUCAACAAGAAGCAGCUUGUGAGCGCCGUCUUUGCCGAUGAGCACAGUGGCGAUGAAGCUGCGUAA